AUGAAAACACAGUUUCAUCAUUUGAAGUGUCGGCGUCAACACUAUUUUUGUGCUCUCGGAUCUCACCUAUACGAGCCAGAAGCCAUGAAAAUGAAAAGGGAAAUCGGUUUGAUUGGUGGCGUGGCAUUUAUUUCGGGGACCAUGAUUGGAUCCGGGAUAUUCAUGUCACCACAGUUUGUGCUGGCCUACGCGGGAAGUCCCGGAGCGAGUUUGUUGAUCUGGGCCCUCUGUGGAGUUGUGUCCAUGUUUGCGGCCAUGUCCUACACCGAACUUGGAACGCUUAUUCCUGAAUCCGGCGGCGAAUUUAUUUACAUCCUCCGGAUCUUUGGGCCUUUUCCUGCUUUCUUUGCAGCAAUCACUUUCAUCGUUGUUGUCAGGCCUUUUGGCGUUGCUGCAGUGGCACUCGGCAUUGCAAAGUAUGCAACUGCUCCCUUUUACGUUGGAUGUGAUCCCCCGCAGCUGUUGGUGAAGUGUGUUGCAGCUGCGGCCAUACUGACCGUUGCCAUCAUCAACGUCAUGAACGUACGGAUUGCUGUCAGAAUCCAAGUUGUCUUCCUGGUGGUCAAGGUCUUAACAUUGAUGAUUAUUGUCAUCGGAGGAAUUGUGGCACUCACACAGAGCCAGCGAGUCCUUGUGCAAAACUUGAAUGUUGACGAUGCAUUUAAGGGCACUCGGUACUCCUUUAGCACUCUUGGAAUGGCUUUUUAUCAAGGACUCUGGUCAUAUUCUGGCUGGUACAAUUUAAACUAUGUCAUUGAGGAGCUGAAGAAACCUCAGGUGAAUCUUCCGAGAGCAGUUGUCAUUGCCGUCUCGCUGGUGACUAGCUUGUAUCUGCUGGUGAAUGUCAGCUACCUGACAGUAAUGACGCCGAAAGAGCUAAUUUCAUCCAGUGCAGUGGCCGUCACAUGGGGAAACAAGGUGUUAGGAUCAUGGGGGUGGAUCAUGUCAUUAGCUGCAGCUUUGUCAACUUUUGGGACACUAAACGGAUCAUUCUUCAGUGGUAGUCGCAUAUCCUUUGUUGCUGCACGUGAAGGACACAUGCCAGAAAUUCUGUCCAUGGCUCACGUGCACAGACUGACUCCAUCUCCAGCACUCAUUUUCACCACUGUUGUCUCCUUGCUGGUGCUCAUCCCCGGAGACUUUCAGAGUAUUGUCAACUUCCACAGUUUCCUUGCCUGGUUUUUCUAUGCCACUGCAUUGUCUGGCCUCCUCUACCUUAAGAUUAGGAAGCCAGAGCUCCCAAGGACAUACAGGGUUCCCAUCAUACUACCCAUACUGGUCCUCAUCGCAGCAGUAUUUCUCGUGCUGGCCCCCAUCAUUGACGAUCCUCAGAUCGAAUACCUCUAUGUGACUUUAUUUAUUUUCAGUUGGGUCCUCAUCUACAUACCUUUCAUUCAUUACAAGCUAUACCCAAGCCUGUUGACCAAGUUGACCAUAUUCCUACAGCUGUUUUUACAGGUCGCUCCAGCAGAGAAAACCUGUGAUGCGGACUGAAAGAUUUUGUUUGGUUUCAAAAGCAUCAGCUUACUCCUACCUAACAACAUAAUCAGGGAGCUAUGAUUAAAGGUGUGAAGUAAUAUCAAACAAUUCCAAUGAAAUAUUUCUAUGCCACAAUUAACCAAAAUACUGUACAUUAAAUAAAGCAUGAAAUAAUUUCUAUUUUGUAAAUUCGACAAAGUAAUCGUUUUUUUUCCCGAAGUGAGAUCUUGGCGAGUGACAAACCUGGAAGUGUGAUGUCAUUUCAAGGACAACAAUAGAAGGGCUUAACAUGGAAAGUGUGCAAAGCCAGUCAGAAAUCAAUUUUGAGUUGAUCCAGGUGUUUGAAAAGUUGGAAGAAGAGGACGCUGUUGCGAGUGUGUAUGUUGGACCCGACAUGUACGUGCCAGAUGCUCAAGAUGCUGAAAAUGUUGUGCCCGAACGUCUGGACAUGAAGUGGAGACGAGACACAUCGAGAAUGGAAGAACGGUCAGCUUUUUGGGUUGCGGUUAUUAGCCUAGCGUUAUUGUUUGAAAUUCGAUGCUGUGCUGUCAAUUAUGCAUGAUUUUGAUUCUAUAUACUGUACUAUAUAUAUAUUUUGCACU